AUGGCCACCUCCCGGCUCCGGCGCAAGCUCGAGCGCGAUGGCGUGCCGGAGCAUGUCAAUCUGUCCGAGAGCUUUUGCAAGUACGGCACGCCGCUCCCGUCCCUCACCGACCACAAGCGCGAUAAGAACGAGUUCAAGCCGAUCUGGCAGCAGGAAGUGUACGACGAGCGGGGGCGCAGGCGCUUCCACGGCGCCUUCACAGGCGGGUGGUCGGCUGGCUAUUUCAACACGGUAGGCAGCAAAGAGGGCUGGACACCCUCAUCGUUCCGCUCAUCACGCUCUGCGCGCAGUGAAGCGCAGCCCACAUCGCGCCCAGAAGACUUUAUGGACGACGAGGAUCUAGCUGAAUGGCGCGCGGACCGCCCCCUCCAAAUGACCGAGGCGUACGCAGGCCCCUCCAAUGCUGCGACAGAGGACCCGCUCCUCGCUGCGCUCGCCCCGCCGCCCCCCACCGGCACGCUCGCUCCCGGCUCAGCGUCCGUGCACAUGGGCCAGCAGCUGCUGCAGAAGAUGGGCUGGAAGCCAGGGCAGGGGAUCGGGCCACUCAUGACGUACGAGCGGCGCACACAGAUUGUCCAACUUCUUACACAGCUGCACCUUGCACCGCCCCACACGCCGAGCGAGGCGCCUCCAAGCGCGCGUUCCCGCAAGUGUCCCCCACCCGACACGCAAACGCCGACGCUCUCACCCCGGUCAGACCGCCAGGGACUCGGCUUUGUUGGCCAAAGUCGCUCUCAAGCACUACAGGACACUCUUGCGCAUUUUCAUGCCCAGAGGCGAUCUCAUGUGGGCGCCACAGGCCUUGACUCGGACGACGAGGACCACGUGUAUGCGACGGCCCCGUCGAUCCACGAAUCGACACUCGCACGUCCCGAUACAGAGACGCUCGUGCUGGGCGAGGAGCGCGCUGCCGUACCAGAUGUGCCAACAGCGCAGGCAACCUGGCACGAUGGCCGUCCUCUGCCUGCCGGCUUCGUGCGGUCUACCGAGAUGCUUCCGCCCGAGCCACAGUGGCCCGCGCCGCCCGUGGCGAGCGACUGGCAGCCGGAUCCACGGCGUGUAUGGGACGCGACACCCACCGAAACCAAGCAGCCUGUGCGACCCACCUCGGCGGCCGAUCGCGGAGCGAUCCUCGGCGAGGCGCAGCAUCCUGGGCCGCCACCGGCCAUCUCGCAGUUUCUCCAGGCCAAGGCCCAGGCGCGGCUCGGCGCAGGAGCUAAGCCUGUCCACACGCUCACUGUGCACCGCAUUGAUGCCGAGACAGCAGGGCGUGCCCUAGCAGCCUUUCGUCCUACCGGUGCUGAGCCUGAGAAAGAGGCCCGGUACCGUACGUAUCUCCGGUCCUUUGAGAAGGGUUCUACGUACGCGCCUAAUACGCCUGGUCUGCCACUCGCCGAGGCACAGCAGGAGCUCGACGACUUUUUCGAGAGCGCCUCUCGACACCGUCCUGUGCAUGGCGAUAUGGCCGCUCGGUUCACUACUAGCACCAUCGUGCAAGAGUCGCUGCCCGUGGCGGGGGGUCUACAGUCUGCUGCGGCGCUGCGCGCCGCGGCAGCCGAGACAGCCCCAGCUACGUCCUCGGCGCCUGCGCCGGCCCGCUCAGCCGCACAAGAAGCGGCGCGCAAUGAGACUUUCGGUGCAUUGACGCGUAACGUCGUGCCAUUUCAUCCACCGCGCCUCCUGUGCAAGCGCUUGCAUGUACCGUAUCCGCACCCAGACGGACCUGCACGCGAGGCAACGGCCGGCGACGCUGACGCUCUGCUGCCCACACAGUCUCACAACGACUCGGUUGAGGCCUCCUCCGAGUAUAUGUUUGCCGAGCCGUCGGAGGAGCAGGUUUCGGCGCGGGAGCGCGAGCUGCAAGAGGCACGGCCACCGAGAGACCUCUUCAAGGCUGUAUUUGAGUCGGACGAUGAGGACGAGGAUGAUGCACCUGAACCUUCACAGUCGCUGCGCCCUGCCUUUGCAAAGCGCAAGGCGCCUGCCGCCCCCAAGAAGAAAAAGGCCAAGCGGCUAGGACCGCUCACGUUCGAUCUAGCAUAG